CGCCUCCGCCUGGCACGCCCCUCCUUCUCGCCACCCACAUCCCUGUCCCGGCCCAUCACUCGCCUCGCUUCUCGACAUCUGGCUCCUCGCGCUGUGCUUCUGGCUGUAUUCCCCGACCGCCCGUUCCGCUUGCCUGUCCCGCUAUUUGCCGCUCGCGCCUGCCCUUGACCGCCCUCACACGCGCGCUCGCCGCCACCACCACCUCGACCCUCGCAUCUGCACGCCAGUCACCUGCCUGCCACAUCCCGGUCACCCGUCUCUAGUUUCCAGCAUCCCGACACCGCCGCCACCAUGGGUAUCCCCAAGUUCUUCCGCAGCAUGAGCGAGCGCUACCCGCUCAUCAGCCAGCUCGUCGAGGAGAACAAGAUCCCCGAGUUCGACAAUUUGUACCUCGACAUGAACGGCAUCAUCCACAACUGCUCGCACCCCGACGACAACGACGCGCACUUCCGCAUCACCGAGGCCGACAUAUUCCUCGCCGUCUUCUCCUACAUCGAGCACAUCUUCACCAAGAUCAAGCCGCAGAAGCUCAUGUUCCUCGCCGUCGACGGCGUCGCGCCGCGCGCGAAAAUGAACCAGCAGCGCAGCCGCCGCUUCCGCACGGCCAAGGAGGCCAAGGAGGUGCGCGACAAGGCCGAGCGGCGGGGCGAGGAGAUGCCUGAGGAGGCUGCGUUCGACAGCAACUGCAUCACGCCGGGUGAGUUAGAUGCUGGCGCGUCUGCGGUGGCCCGUACUGACGCUGCACCAGGCACACCAUUCAUGGCGCGCCUGUCGCAGCAGCUCAAGUACUUCCUCGCCAAGAAGGUCACGGAGGAUUCGAACUGGCGGGGCGUCGAGGUGGUGCUCUCCGGCCACGAGGUGCCGGGUGAGGGCGAGCACAAGAUCAUGGAGUACAUUCGCCUCGCCAAGGCACAGCCGGGCUACAACCCGAACGUGCGCCACUGCCUCUACGGCCUCGAUGCCGACCUCAUCAUGCUGGGCCUGCUCAGCCACGACCCGCACUUUGCGCUGCUGCGCGAGGAGGUGCAGUUCGGCCCGCGCAAGAAGUCUCGGGGCGGGUGA